AUGAAGGCUGUUCAAGUCACGUCAGCUUUGGCCUUUGCUGCCAGGGCCCUGGGUCAUGGAUACAUUUACCGCGUCACGUCGGACAACACGGUCUACCCGGGAUAUGACAUCUUUAUCGACCCGCUUCUCGAGCCUGCGCCUUCGCGGAUUGCAUACGGCGGCGGUACCACUGGUCCUGUUUUCGACGCUACGACGGCCGACAUCGCUUGCAACACGGUGCAUGAUCCCGUGCCUGGCUUCAUAGCGCAGGCUCGUGCCGGGAGCAGCGUCACUUUCCACUGGUCUCGAUGGCUGUAUAGUCACAAGGGCCCCAUCACAGCUUGGAUGGCUCCGUAUAGCGGAGAUGUCGCGGAUGUCGAUGUCAACGAGCUUGAGUUCUUCAAGUUCGCCGAGGAAGCCAUCGAUGACAACGGUGUCUGGGGCACCGUGAAGUUGCUCGACGAAACCGACGGUACCUGGACGGCCACUAUUCCGGCCGACAUCAAGCCUGGCACCUACAUCAUCCGCCAAGAGAUUAUCGCACUGCACUUCGCGGUCAAUACCACCGAUGGCUUUCAAUUCGGCCCCAUCGGCCCUCAGUUUUACAUGACUUGCUUCAAUUUCAACAUCACGGGCGAUGGCGACGCCACUCCCCAAGGUUACAAAUUCCCAGGGGCUUACGACAUGGCUGAUCCGGCACUGAACUGGGAUCUGAAUUCGACUGAUCCUUACCCUCUCGCUGGACCAGACCGCUAUGUCAGCGCGUAUGACGUAGAGUUGGAGCCGAGGGAAACCACCGUCAUCAGUCCGACGAAUGACGAGGCGGGUGACGAGGCGUACUAUCAGGCCCAGUAUAAAACUCUCGAGGCACAAGGAAACGUCACCAAAUACUUCGAUUCUAUCGGAGGUUAA